UGGCUGUAGAACAUUUUGUUUGUAUAGCUGGACUACAUUUACAUUUUAUGCUCGUAGUCAUGGUCUCCUUCCAGAUUCGAUCGAUUUUCGAAUUGUCUGUGUUGGAAAUGAAAUUCAUCUGUCUUUUUCUUGCUCCAAAUUUUAUGAUUGCAGAGCCUAAUAAAGUAGAGAGUGGGAAUUUUGUAUUAUAAGUAGCGCGCAUGCACACCCACAAGAAUCACAAUUGCAAUAACAUCGUCAUCAAGAAGAACUGAUGAAGUUUUUGAACAUUUUUUCACAGGAAAUGUAUUCGGAGGCAGAUUGCCUGUUUCCUUACUCCUUAGAUCAUAUUCAGGAGCGAAACAAUCUGCAGGAGGAUAGCAAAGGGAAUAUGAGUCCUGGGCAGUUUGUGGAUGUUUCAACCAUGACACAAAUGGAAUUCGAGGAGAGUGACCUGUUCAAGGCCCCCAUCUUAGCAGACAUCUCCAAUGAAGGUUGUUCUCAAAGCGAAGAUUUGGCGGCAGACGAGAUUGCUCUCAUGCAGGGCGUUAAUCUGGAUGACGAGCUGAUGUUUUAUGCCUGUGAUAGCGGUCAAGAUUUGGGAAGGUCUAUAGCCGAGUCUAGCCCAAAUACCCCUCAAAUUGCUCCUGCCCAAGUGAGCAGCUCUGCAAAUAAUCUAAUUAAUUUUUCCACUGAGGUAGCAAACACAUUUGAAGAUUUAUUGAAUUCCAAACCCGUAUCCAUCUGUCAAAGCCCUGGUUUUCUUUCUGGAUCAAUGGAGACGGACAAUACCAUCAGUCACUCUGUAUUAGCUUCAGGCGAAAAUCUGGCAGCUUGCGAUUCGUCUUCUUUAAUUUCUACAUCAAUGCAGAGUUUCCCCGAUUUGUCCACUGAGGUGAAAAAUACUGUAGAUGGUUUUGUGAAUUUCAAUGCUGUAUCCAUCUGUCAAAGCCCUGGUUUUCCUUCUAGAUCAGUGCAAAUUAACGACUCCAUCAGUUGCCCUGUAUUAGGUUCCGAGGAAAAUCUAGCAGUUGGGAAUUCAUCUUCUUUAAUUGCUACACCCAUGCAGGGUUCGUCUGGUUUCUCCAAUGAUGUUACAAAUAUAGAUUUAUAUAUGAGCAAACUUGCAUCCAUGUAUCCAAGCCCUAGUUUUCCUUCUGGAUCCAUGGAAAUCGGCAACUCUGUCAGUCACUCAAUUCUGGACCCAGAGAAAAAAUUUGCAGCUGGUAAUUUGUCUUCUACUAUUGCUAUCCCCAUGCGGACUUCCCCUGAUCUUUUAAGUCCGGAAACAGAGACAGGAGAAGCUUUAAAUUCAAAAGAUGUUUUUGUCCCUAAAAGCCUCAAUAUUUCUCCUGCAGUAAAGAGAGCAAGUGACUCCAUUGACCAUCCAAUAUCAAGCUUCGAGGAAACUCUUGUAUCUGGGAAUUCAUUUUCUCCAAUUGCCACAUACAUGCAGAAUCUACCUAAGAUGCAGAGAAGCUCAAGCAGCCAUGAGCUAGGUCAGUUAUGUGCCUAUCCUCCAGUUAAUCGGACUUUUCAGUAUCCUCAAUCUUCUCCUGUUCAUUACCCAAUAAUGGAAGGAAAACCAAACCCUCAGUUCUUAGAUUUUCAAGGAUUGGGUAUAAGGCCUACAUCUAUGCCAAUGAGGCGUGUUCACAGUACAGGGGACAUCAAGUCAGUUCAAGGAUCUCCUAGACCUCUGGAAUCCACUAGCUCAAUUUCUGAAGAUGGGGAAUUUAAGAUUGGCCAGUACACUGUGGAAGAACGAAGGGAACGGCUCUAUAGGUACAGGAAGAAGCGUAAUAAUAGGAAUUUCAACAAAAAGAUCAAGUAUGCAUGCCGUAAAAGUUUAGCUGACAAUCAACCACGGUUCAGAGGAAGGUUUGUACCAAAGACCGAGAUCAUAGGAAGAACCAAUGCAAAGGCAAAUGAUUGCCUGGAAGAAGACGAGGCAGAAGUGGUUUGCCUUUACUAAAAGGUAACUGAUGUCUGCAUUGACGAGAAUUAAAUGAGUGGCAAUCCCAUGGGUGCCCUUAAUAUGGGAUCUUUGGGAUGGUGCCUAAAAUUGCAGAAAAUUAAUCAUUAUCUGCAUUGCAACUUUUUCCCCAUAUUAUUUUUCCUUCCCUUUCUUUCUGAACUUUCUGUGAGGUAUUUUUCCUGCUUUGAUGCUGGAGCAUAUUCAGGACAGGGGACCAAGUUCAUGGUGAUUUAUGGAAUUUUAUAGUAAAACUUAGUCCUCUAUACCAUGGUGAAGGAAGUUGAGGUGUUCCUGUCCUAGUGAUUGAUCGCCAUUUUGGAUCCUUUACCAUGUCUUGUAGUUUUCUCAAGUUCAUAAAGUCUGCUGGAAUAGCUUUACAAAUUAACAAUCUAUAGGUUCAGUCCCCUCUGUGCAUAAGGCCUUAAUUUAAUUAUUAUAUAUCCUACUGCACUCAAUAGAAUAAGAGCAGAAUGUAUAAGGCUCAAGUCUGUUCAUAGUUUGCAAUUGUGUACUGGGAAAUGCAAUCAAAUUCAAAUAUUGUAAGGUGUGUGAAUUUCAAUCCAAAUGUUAUCAAAUAUCA